CGAUGACGUCACUACGGAAGUCGACAUGUACUCGAGAACCAUGGAGCCGUGACCGGCGGUCCCCGCGUCUCCGCCGCCUCCUUCCCGCGUCCCCUCGCCGCCGCCGCCGCCUCCGCCUCCUCCCUCCUCACGGCGGCGGGGACACCCCGAGGGACACCCCAGAGACGCCGAGUCCCUGCGCCCCUCACGGGCCGCUCGGCCGAGAAGGCCGCGCCCGACACCCUGCUUGCCUGGACGCCUCUACCGCGCAGGAGGCGAGGGGCUCGCGCUGCCCCGAGCCCCCACGAUGCUGCCCCCGCCCCUAGCGGCUGGCGGUGGUGGCGGUGAGCGGGAGCCAUGGCUGGUGAGGCUGCCCAUGGCUCACCUGGUUCAUGCCUCCGUCAGUCUCCCUCUGGUGGCGUUCUUCUUCUGCGUCGCCUGGUCCCUCCUGUACCACUUCGACGCCUCCACGGCCACUCACUGUGGGGUGUGGAACCUGCUGCCGUCGAUCAGCGCCGCGAUCGGCGGCUUCACGCCGCAGCGCUACGUGUGGCGCACGCUGCUCGGGCUGCACGCGCCGCCGCGCCUCCUGCUGGCGCUCGCCUACUUGCGCCGCUACCGCAGCCACCCCCCCGGCACCGCGGCCCCCCUCCUCCUGCUCCACCGCGGCGGCGGCGGCGACGGCGGCCGCCGCGUAGCGGCUCUCCGGCUGCCGCGCCUCGCGUUCCUCGCCAACCUGGCGGAGCUCGGAGGCCUCCUGGGCCUCACGAACGUCUCGUCGAAUGAGAACCACGAUCUGCACAAGCUGGCCUUCGUCACGUUCAUCCUGGGAGCUGCUUGCUACAUGCUGCUCACUUGCCGUCUGUGGAGUUACGCAGCUAGCGACGAGGAGCGCCGGUCGUACCUGUGGAAGCGGAGGCUGGCGGUGAUCAACUUGCUGUCCAGCCUUCUCGCGGUGUUCACCUACACGCGUCACAACCGCUACUGCGAGCCCGGCGUGUACACGCUGUUUGCGCUCUGCGAGUAUGCCGUGGUGUUCUCCAACAUCGCGUUCCACUGGACAGCCGUCUGGGAUUUCAGCUCCUUGCAGCUUCUCGUCGGCCCCCCACCACCUGACAAGCGCUUCUGAGAGUGGGGGGCCACCCCCCUACGGUGGGGGGGCGGGGGAGGGGGGGCUACUGCAACAUGGACUCCUACACAUUGACCCUGACCCCUACAGGGAGACCCUGACCCCUAGACAGAGACCCUGACCCCAACAGAGACCCUGACCCCAGCACGGAGACCCUGACCCUUAUACAGAGACCCUGACCCCCAUACAGAUACCCUGACCCCUAGACAGAGACCCUGACCCCAACAGAGACCCUGACCCCUAGACAGAGACCCUGAACCCCAUACAGAUACCCUGACCCCCAUACAGAUACCCUGACCCCAACAGAGACCCUGACCCCAACAGAGACCCUGACCUCUAGACGGAGAUCCUGACCCCUACAGAGACCCUGACCCCUACAGAGACCCUGACCCCAACAGAGACCCUGACCCCCAACAGAGACCCUGACCCCUAGACGGAGACCCUGACCCCAACAGAGACCCUGACCUCUAUACAGAGACCCUGACCCCUACACGGAGACCCUGACCCCAACAGAGACCCUGACCCCUACACGGAGACCCUGACCCCUAGACAGAGACCCUGACCCCAACAGAGACCCUGACCCCAACAGAGACCCUGACCCCAACAGAGACCCUGACCCCAACAGAGACCCUGACCCCAACAGAGACCCUGACCCCUAUACAGAGACCCCAUCACCAUCGCCAUAAUCACCACUGCCAUAUUCGCCACCAUCGCCACCAUCACCACCACCAUCACCACCACCAUCACCACCACCAUCAUCACCACCAUCACCACCAUCACCACCACCAGACGAAAGCAAGCGCGCCUGUUGUGACGGGGCAAGUCGGAGCUGAGAGGCUGACUCGGUGCCUUGAUGGCGCCAUCGGGGACUGUCUCUCUGCAUGGUCCCAUCCCUGAGACUCAAGACCCCGUGUCUCCGAGUCCCCGUGUCUCUCUGCGUCUAGCCCCAUCCCUGAGUCUCAAGAUCCCGUGUCUCUGUGGGUCCCUGUGUCUUUCUGCAUGGUUCCAUCCCUGAUUCUCAAGAUCCCGAGUCUCUGUGGGUCCUCGUGUCUCAAUGCAUGGUCCCAUCCCUGAGACUCAAGACCCCGUGUCUCCGAGUCCCCGUGUCUCUCUGCGUCUAGCCCCAUCCCUGAGUCUCAAGAUCCCGUGUCUCUGUGGGUCCCUGUGUCUUUCUGCAUGGUUCCAUCCCUGAUUCUCAAGAUCCCGAGUCUCUGUGGGUCCUCGUGUCUCAAUGCAUGGUCCCAUCCCUGAGACUCAAGACCCCGUGUCUCUGAGUCCCCGUGUCUCUGUGCGUGGUCUCAUCCCUGAGACUGAAGACCCCGUGUCCCCGUGUCUCUCUGCGCCUGGUCCCAGUCACACUCAGGAGGACUCCCGUGAGUCGAGCCUGAGCCGAGCUGCUCGCUCCGUGAGUCUUUGGAAGCGGCUGAGAGUGACCGGUGCCUGAGAGAGGCUUAAGCCUGGCCGUGUUGCUGGCUACGCUGCUGCUCCUGCUCCUGCUGCUGCUGCUGCCUGCAGUGAGCCAGCGCUGUGGAGGAGGCAGCCGUAGCAGCGGGGAUUGGUGGAUCACUCGCAGAUGUUGCGAGGAACUCCCUUCGCUGUGGGUGGUGGAGGAGUCGUACUCUCUGGCUCUGCCAGCAGGCGGCGUGUGUGGACUACCACCUGAAGACGGAAGCUUGUGUUGCCUCCGAAACGUCGUGAUUUUUAUUUUAUUUUACUUUUAUUAAUUUAAAUUUUUUACCUCCGUGACUUUACCGAAAUAACCUAAUAAUAUGGACUGUACCGCUCUGGGAGGGGAUUGGAAUUUGGGGAAAAUAUUUUAAUUGCGAUGUUUCUGACAUUGCGAUUUGAUUUGCGAUUCAAUUGUUUAAGUCAAGCUUCAGUUCAAUAUUCACUGUGCAAUAGAUUUAAAACGUGAUGGAGCAUUACCACAUGAUACCAUCAACAUAUGAACUGCUCUAUACUAAUUCAAGGAUGAAAACUUAAAAGAUCUGAAUUGCUUCCAACAUGUAUUUAUUUUAAAAAAUUCAUAGAAAUAGAACAAUCAAACAUAGAACACUUGUUAAGUUAAAUAAAUAAAGUUAUAAUAACGAAAAUUCAAUAAUUCCCAUAAGAAAGUAAUAGGACUUUUUAAAUCGCAAAAAAUCGCAGCCUUUGUGAUUUGCUAAUCGCAUUGUUUUAAAUUGCAAUUAAUCGAUUAAUCGUUCAGCCCUAGAUGGGUUCUGCCUCCCUGGCACGCGUGGGGUUUCCUCCCACGUCUAUAAACGCUCACAACUUGACCAAUAACGUCUUUAUAUAGAGAGGACUGCAGAACUUGGGCAAUUGUGUAGUGCCUCGUCACCACCGCGUGGCUGCUGCUGCCUCGCUCGUCUGUGUUGCCUCCUGGUGCUUCUCGUCCUCUGAGUCAUCCUCUCUCUCCGAGUCGUCCUCUCUCUGAGCCGUCAUCUAUAUCUCUGAGUCGUUUUUUAAGUCAUCCUCUCCCUCUAAGUCGUCCUCUCUCUGAGUCAUCCUCUCUCUAAGUCCUCCCUCUCUGAGUCGUCCUCUAUAUCUCUGAGUCGUCCUCUAAGUCGUCCUCUAAGUCGUCCCCUCUCUCCGCCGAGGGUGAUGAGCGGCUACUGUGCGGUGGCGUGUUGCACGUUCGAGACGAUUGUGGCUACGGGCCCCGGAGACUUUAACCCCCCUGGGCUGACCGACGCCCACGUGACCGGGACAAUCUUCAAGAAUCCGUGAGGACUGUUUGAGACGCGUGGGGGGGCAUUGACCGGUGGUGGCGGCGGCGGUCAGCCGGGCGGUUCGGUGUGCACGUGACCGAUCGCUUCUCGUUGGGUCGAGGCCACCACCACCACUUCACCGUGAACGAGACACGUGAUUCCUCUGGCUGGUCCGGUCCAAUCAACUUCAUCAUCAAUAUCAUCAUCAAUAUCAUCAUCGUCAACAGAAUAAAAAUCUGAAUUUUCAUAAUUUACCGGAGAAAUCCGAUGAGCUAUAAAGUUUUUUUUUUUACAGAUGUCCAGUAAGGGGUGGGUGGCUCAGUAACAUCAAAACAUGGCUACAAUUAUCAACAGCACGAACUCUACACGCCGUGCUAGACCGGGACCAAUAUCAUCGUGAAGUCGCACACGCCGUUAGGCAGCACUAAAGAAGAAGAAAGGCAUAAAGUUACAACAAGCAAAACAAAAAAUGAUAGUAAUGCAAAAGUGUAGGCAAGGUUAAGCAAAUCACUAACAAGUAUAACCCGUAAAAACAAAGUUUUUCACUAUAAAUCCUUUAUAUGCGUGGCGGCUAGAUUCCUCUCGUCCUCUGGCUUGAGAUGGCUGCCACCUAUGGGUCAGAUGAUUGUCUGCCAGUAUUAAGCAAUUGGUAAUUAAAUAUUUAAUUUGUUUUCCCUAAAAAUUUUGGAAAAAACAUUUUCACGAACAUUAAUUGUCACGCACAACGAGUCUGUGUGCAAAAUGUCAGCUCGAUUGGAUCACGGGAAGUGGGUUAAAAACGACCGAAAGAUUUGCACGGUCCUAAGCAAGCAAGCAAGCGAACUUAAUAUAAAGGAUUUAAAAAUGCCAUCGACCGGAGCUGCAGUGUGUCGCAAAAAACAACAAAAAAGUCACGUGGCUUUACGGAAAGAACCAAAGAAUAUGGAUUUCUUCAGUCACGAAAUUUGUAACUCAAAACAAACAAAAAACGAUUCCUUGGUGUGGACCAAUCAGUUUCAAGGACAAUGCAUAUAUUAUCAGUGUGUUUUUGUUUGCAUUUUGACCGCAAGUAUUGUGGUUAAUGCAGACGUGAUUCUUGUAAAAAGGUUUCAGUUUUGUUGCCUAAAAAAGUGGGAAAACCCUAUUAUUAUAUUUUGGUACUGGCAAAGGAGGUCCAAAGAUGAUCAUAUUAACAGUCUGGACCACUGGACGGGUUCGGCAGGAUUGGAAGGAUGCCCUGGUGGUCCUCUUUAAGAAGGGGACCGCAUAGACCAGCGGUCGGGAACCUAUGGCUCGCGAGCCAUAUAUGGCUCGCGAGCCAUAUAUGGCUCUUCUGGUGACAGGAUAUGGCUCCCAGACAAUUUUGAGUUGAAAAAAAAAUACAAAAAUCAGUUUGGAACUGAUUUUAAAAUACUUGUGAUAUUGCUCAAUAAUAGUGUGUCAUUUUAAAGUAAACAGAAAUUAGUUUUGAAGAUAAAUUUCACGAGUCACGGGGCCUCAACGCCUGCACGAAGCUCAACCUCACCACGUAUGAACCAGACUACAAGAGCCAUCAGCAAAACCAUGCAGCACCAGAAGUCGCAUUAAAAGUAAGACAUUUAAUUUAUUAUACGUUAAAAUACUAUAUGGCUCUCAAUGUAAUAUAUUUAGAAAUAUUUGGCUUGUAUGGCUCUCCCAGUCAAAAAGGUUCCCGACCCCUGGCAUAGACUGUCAUUUCCCCCGCGCCUCUAAUUCGCACGGUUAGUUACGCACGGUGUGAAUGAAGUUCUAAAUACAGCCUAAGACUCGACACUGCACCUCCGUUUGGCUACGCGCGGUGCGAAAAAGUUCAACAUACUGCGCAUAGCCUAACACUACCCAUACACUCAACACUGCGAAAUAUAUUGAACAUAACGACCCUAACAACUUCAGCGUCUUCAACAACAUCAUCAUCAUCAAUAAUGGAAUCCACUAUUGUGAACAUCAUCUAUAUAUAUAAUAAGUAUAACCAGUAAAAACAAAAUUUUUCACUAUAAAUCCUUUAUAUGCGUGGCGGCUAGAGUCCUCUCGUCCUCUGGCUUGAGAUGGCUGCCACCUAUGGGUCAGAUGAUUGUCUGCCAGUAUUAAGCAAUUGGUAAUUAAAUAUUUAAUUUGUUUUCCCUAAACAGUGUAAAAUUUUGUAAAAAAAAUUUCACGAACAUUAAUUGUCUCGCACAACAAGUCUGUGUGCAAAAUGUCAGCUCGAUUGGAUCAUGGGAAGUGGGUUAAAAAACGACCGAAAGAUUUGCACGGUAGUAAGCAAGCACGCAAGUAAGCGAACUUAAUAUAAAGGAUUUAAAAAAGAGAAAUUUGUGAUUAUGUGUGUCUGUUCAAAAUGUUUGGCGUACUUUCCGACAUGCAACAAACUUGAAAUUUGCCAUGUGGGUACUUUCCAGACUGUACAUCAUGCAAACAUUAUAAAAAUAGACUUUGGUAUUUUUUUCGGUGGGGGGGGGGGCGCAAUAAUGCAGAUAUUUUUUUGCACGGCAAGUGAGCUGUGACGUCACAUAUGUCACGUGACCCGCGCAUGCGCAGUGCUUAGCGCGCUACGAACCCGGCGACCCGAGUUCGAUUCCCGCUCACGGCCACCACCGGUGACGAUUAUUUUAACCGGGUCCUGGGCCUCCCCUAGGUCGACUCAGCCUCAAAACGAGUAACUGGUGCGGUGUGUGAACAUCGCCACUGGGGAGAUAAUGACGGCCGGGCGUGGUGGAUCCAAGUCCCGGGCGAAGCCGGGUGGUCAAGCUAGUGGACAAUAAAAUCAACAAAGUCAACCUCGACAUCGUUACGUAGUCGGCUACGUCAUCAACACCACGUGGUUGGGGCGCGACACCCACCAUCGCAUGGACGCAUUUGGUAAAAUCUGCCCCCUGCAGAGUUACCGCGACCCCGGACAGCUCUCGCAAGCUAAGCAGGCGCUAAGCCUGGGUAAGCCGACUUGGACUCGAGUCGCCAUGACCUCCGGAUUAUAAGACGCACGUGGCAACACCCCCCCCUCCAGUGGCGGCUCCUGCAAAAUCUCUCAGGGGGGGCAAAUGUCUGGAUGAUUGAUAAGGAUAAGGUCCACCCAUGCAAUGGAUAAAUUAACAGCUUAAGCAUGUAAAGGCAACUUCACUUCUUUAAUAUUAAUGAAAAAUAAAGUGACUCUUACAAUACAUCUUGUUUGUUUCUAUACUCACUAUUAUUACAAUCCACUCAGUUUCUUUUAUUAAAGAUUCCACUAGGUGGCGACAAAUAAUAUCGUUGACUGAA